CACGCGUCUCGAGCGCAGGCCGCAGCUCCUCUCCGCGACGGAGCUACGAGUGAUUACAAAGGCCAAAUCCCCAACCCUUCUUCUUCCCCUUCCCACAAUCUCGUCUCCGCUCUUCCAAGCCAAGAAUCUGGAUCCAGAUCUCGUGGGAGACUGCCUGCCUACGAUCUCGCUUUGAUCGAAGUCUUAGACCGUGGCGUCUUUCGUGUUCAUCUCCUCGGGAGCCUCCGGAUCGCUCUGGAAAUUUGUCCUCCGACGGGUACUGCUACUAACUAUUCCAUGUUACUAGUCUAAAAUCCUGGAUUGUUGUGUCGAAAGGCUUUGGUGCAGAUUAGUUGAAGUUACGAGUGCUAUUUGGAUUGCUUGUUGCAAUCAUGUGGAUGUUUAAGCCAUUUGCUGGCAAGGAACCUGCCAGCCUUGAAGGCCGAACGAUCGAUGUUGGUAAUGUAAAGGUUCAUGUUCGAAAUGCCAUCGCGGAAGGGGGAUUUUCCUGCAUCUAUGUUGCCACUGAUGUUGUGCAACCAUCCAAACAAUAUGCCCUGAAGCACGUGAUCUGCAAUGAUGAUGAUUUGUUGGAUCUCAUCAUGAAGGAGAUCUCUGUGAUGAAGCUGCUCAGAGGACACCCAAAUGUUGUUGCUCUUGUGGCACACACCAUAUUGGACAUGGGCAGGAGGAAGGAAGCAUUGCUUGUAAUGGAGUUCUGUGAGAAGUCUCUGGCUACUUUGCUGGAAAACAGAGGGUCUGGAUACUUUGAGGAGAAACAGGUCCUCUUGAUUUUUAGAGAUGUUUGCAAUGCAGUGCAUUUCAUGCAUUCCCAAUCACCACCCAUAGCCCACAGGGAUUUAAAAGCUGAAAAUGUUCUUCUAGGACCUGAUGGAGCUUGGAAGUUAUGUGACUUUGGCAGCACCUCAACCAAUCACAAAUGCUUUGACAAGCCUGAAGAGAUGGGGAUUGAAGAAGACAAUAUCAGAAAGUACACAACUCCUGCAUAUAGGGCCCCUGAGAUGUGGGAUCUGUUUAGAAGGGAAGUUAUAUGCGAGAAAGUGGACAUCUGGGCUCUUGGAUGCCUUCUAUACCGAAUCUGCUUCCUUAAAUCUGCAUUUGAUGGUGAAUCAAAGCUUCAAGUCUUGAAUGGGAACUAUCGCAUACCUGACGUACCAAAGUACAGUUCUGCAUUGACCGAUCUGAUCAAGGAUAUGCUCAAGGCUUCUCCAAACACCAGGCCAGGCAUCACGCAGGUCUGGUUUCGUGUUAAUGAACUACUUCCUUUGGAGUUGAAAAAGCACUUACCUGAUGGCUCUAGUGGAGCUGUUGAAAUGCAUCCACCUCCUUCAGGUUCUCAAGAUCAAGGUGUUCCAAGAAAGACCACUUUGAUGCCUCGAAGGGGCCUUGCUUCGGUACCAUCAUCACGGGAAUCCGACAAGGAGAUGCGUCAGACCAAACCCUUUCAAGAUGCUCCAAAGACAGGUCGUGGGGCGCUUGGUGCAUUCUGGUCCACUGAACAUGCAAAGGAUUCUGCAGUUGUUGAUAACAAAGAUCCCCACUUCGAUGAACCGAUCAAACAAUCAGCAUCGACUCAGAAUCGCAAUACAAGUGUUUGCAAAGUUAGCCCUCCAAGGGAAAGACAUGUUUAUCUUCGGAAUCAAGUCAGGAUUGAACAAGCGGACCCUGUGAAGAGGCCAGAUGAACGCACUGGUGAGGACUUUGAGAUCAAAUUUUUCCGAGAGAUGAAACAAAGUUCCAACCCAGAGAAGAAACCAGCUUUUGAGAAUGAGACAUUUAAUACUUUUGUGGCUGAUUUCGGUACUGGCAAGUUGAACUCCAAGAACAUUACCGGUGAUAAUAUACCACAUAAAAGAGAGCUAGAAGCAGAAGUUGACCAGCUAAAAGGGCAGCUGAAGCAGGCCAACUUGGAGAAAACUGAAAUUACAUCCAGAUAUGAAAAGCUCUCCGCAGUUUGCCGUUCCCAACGACAAGAGAUACAGGAAUUGAAGCAUGCUCUUGCAGCAGCAAGUCCAUCACCACCGGGCAAAGACAGCACAAAGAACCAUGAGCAUCCUGGGAGCCUGCAGUCCAUAACUCCGCCGAGGAUGAAGAUUGAAGGAACUGUGUGGGAACUCCAGCAAGGAAUGAUGCACCCUUCUCCAUCACCUAGACCCGAGACAAAGACGUGGAAUGCUUUCGGGGCAACCAAUGGCCAUCAAAAUGUUAUGUCGGCCGUGAAUCCCUCAACAGAUCUGUGGGGCUUCAAUUUGGGGAGUUUUACAGCUUCGUCUGGUUCGCAGAUAUCUGGGAACUCUGCUCAAGGAAAUGCUUCCAUGAGGACUAACAGUGGGGCAACAAAGAAGGCAGAUGCAAACCAGCCCGCCGGAUGGGCCGGUUUCUAAAUGCAUUACCAUACCUUCAUGAUAUAAUGCAUAGUGUGUCGAAAUGUUAUUUAUCAUGGUUCUUGUCACAGCAAGGGGACUUGGGAAGCUCAUGUUUUCUGCCGUUGAGCAGAAUCAGCUCGAUCUGUAGUUGGGGACUGCGAGAAUUAAGUAAGAGGUUUUUAUUCA